AUGUCCUCGACGCCAAUGGACCUUGAUCGCCCAGCUGCGGCCGGUACCAGCGCCACCUUCACACCCUCCCUCAACAUCCACAGGACACUGGGUGCCGGUGCCACGACUACCACGCCCAUAACCGACAUAAUCUCUACAUUUCGACCGACCAAGUUGUUUCGGCGCGACGACAUCAAGGAUGACCGCGCGCAACCACACGUCCAAUCCAUCGACUAUAACGAUGACGGCGACCUGGUCAUGACGGCAGCCAGCGACGAGACGAUACAGAUAUACAAUGUCAAGGAGGGCCGUCACGAGAAGAGUCUCCUGAGCAAGAAAUACGGGCACGAGGGUACGGUAACGUGCCUAGCGGUCCACCCAGGCAACGACAGCUUCAUAUCGUGCUCGCAGGACAACACGGUGCGUAUAUGGGACACGCAGACUAAGAACUGGCAAGGUCAGCUGAACCUGCGAUCGCCGACGCUGGCCGCGCACGACCCGUCGGGCACCGUCUUCGCCGUGGCCUGCCCCAGUGCCGGCACCGUGCUCCUGUACGACGCGCGCAACUUCGACAGGGCGCCCUUCGCCACCGUUGACGUGAUCGAGCAGGUGCGGUCCAUCGACGCGGCCAACCUCGUACGCGGCUGGACGAAGCUCGACUUCUCCAACGACGGUAACUCCCUCCUCCUGGGGACCAACGGGAACGGCCACUUCCUUCUCGACGCUUUUGACGGCUCCCUGAAGGCCUACCUGCGCAAGUCAGCGGGCGCCGUUGCCGGGACUAUCAGACCGGCCCCCGGCGAUUCGACCCCAACCUCGGUCGCAAUCGACAGCAGCGGCGACUGCUGUUUCACACCGGACGGACGCUUUGUCAUCAGCGGCGCGUCCAGAGACGUGCUCGUCUGGGAUGUCAGGGCCACCCCGAACGAACACAAGAUGCUCGAACCUACGUAUACCCUCAACGAUAAGAACAAUGCCGCCGUCGUGGCUUUCAAUCCUAGGUACAACUUCUUUGCUACGGCCGAUCAGGAGCUUGCAUUUUGGCUACCUGAUCCGCAUAGCUAG